AUGCCACGACCCGACAUCCAAGCUCUCGGAACCCAAUAUCGACGUAUCCCUAUCGUAUCUAUCGGUCGUGACAUUUACCACGACACGCGAUUAAUCUUGCGCAAAUUGGAGGAACUGUUUCCCGAUUAUCCGAAGAUCGCAGCGGCGUCGACGGAGCAGAAGGGGAUCGAGAAAUUGUUGGAGAUAUGGACGGUAGAGGGAUUGCUUUUGCGCGCGGCGCAGUUGUUACCGCUGGAUUUACCGUUGUUGGGGGAUAAGAAGUUUACGAGUGAUCGGGAGGAUUACACGGGGAAGAGUUGGGAGAGGGGGAGUUUGGAAAAAGCGAGACCGGAAGCGUUGGCGGCGUUUAAGGGGGCGUUUGAGCUUUUGGAGAGUGGCUUUUUGGGGGAUGGGAGGGACUGGAUUUUGGGGAGUGAGGGGCCUAUGUUGGCGGAUAUUGAAGCUGUUUGGCCCUUCCAUUGGUUAACUACCUUACCUGGUGCCUUGCCCGCAGACUACAUUUCCGCGCAACAAUUCCCCAGAAGCUUUGCAUGGAUUGCGCGAUUCGACCACGCCACUCGACUCGCUGCGAGGAAACUCCCCCGGCCCACGGUUCUCUCGGGAGCAGAAGUGCUUGAAAAAGUGAGCGCGUCUGAUUUUGUAGAAAAUGAUGAAUGUGUUGAUACGCAGGAUCCGACGGGAUUGCAUAGGGGACAGGAAGUCGAGGUUUGGCCAAUUGAUACGGGGAUGAAUAGCAGGGAUAGGGGGAUUUUGGUGGGACUUUCUACAAAGGAAAUUGUGGUUGAGUCGCGGACGAGGGAGGGGGUGAAGGUGAAGAUUCAUACUCCCAGAUAUGGGUUUAGGAUUCGGGGGGUGGGAGGGAAGGGGGCGAGACUUUGA